AAACCGGUUCGAGCAAUUUAUUAGCUUCGAGAAAAGGAACAAUUUAUUCACUCGUUAAGGGUUUUGCGCACAUCCGCCUCAUGAUGACAAACUCCGAUUCCGACCACUGUACUCCGGCGAAAACCUCAAUUUCUGGGGAUGGAUUAGAAAAAGAGAGCGACUUUAAGAAGCAACUGAACUCUGAGAUAGAUCCACAAGCUUCUUCCUCGCAAAACGAUGCAAUAACUAUGGAAGAUGGAGCCGUCUCUGUAAACAAUAGGGAUCUGCAAGAGAUAAAGGAAUCAUCCUUCUCUAAAGGAAGUGAGCAAUAUCGAGUUGAUGGAGCCCUUGAAGAAAGUUUGAAUUUUGAGGAGAAGGAACAAGAAUCUGAAGCUCAGAGACUAUUGGAAGCAGAGAAGAGAAGAUUGCUGGCUGAAAUCGAACUUGGGUCAAUCUUUAGGAAGAGUGUUGAUGUGGAUACGUUGCCUAAGAUCGAAGAGACGAUGGAUAAUGAUGUUGAUAAGAUUGAAUUGGUUGAUCAUACUGCGUUGGUUGAUGUUGUUCAUCAUCCUAAGAGACCAGGGACUGCUCAAAAUGAGAAGGAUACACCUAGAAAGCUUAAGAAAAUUGGAGAUAAGAGAAAUGUUAUUGAGGGGAGUGGAGUAGAAAACAAUGGGAAGCAGUUUAGGAGAUUGUACACUAGGAAACAAUUGGAGUCAAUGAGGUUUGCCCACAUUGUGAAUCAGAAGAACCUGUGGAGUGAGAUGUAUUCUAGGAUUCUACCUGAGGUGGUGACUGAGUAUGAAAGUUUAGUUUAUGUGAAGAAUUACAAGAGUUCAAAGUCUAAUCGUGUUCGUGGGCGAACGGAGAGUGGCAAUGAAGAAAAUUUGGGGACUGAAGAAGGAACGGAGGACCCUGAAGACUACACUGACGAUAAUGAUGAUUACAAUAGCAUUUUGAGACCUGCGUUUGAAGUAGAUGGAGAACCUGAUUUUAGUACUGGACCACCAGAAGAUGGGCUUGAAUAUUUAAGACGAGUCAGGUGGGAGGCUAAGGGAAUUCCGAAUGUAAGAGUAGCCAAGAUAGAUGAAAGCACGUACAUAAAGAAAGAGCAAAGUGUUUAUAUGCCACUAAUUCCUGAAAUCCCCAAAUGUCCAGAGUACCUGUUACCCAUGAAGGAAUGGGAGGACUCGUUGCUUUUGGACUUUGUACACCUUCGCCAGACUCUAACACAAAGUGCCAACAGCUGUGAGGAUGAGAUAAUAUCAAGUCAGUGUGUAGAAGAUUUGCUUGUGGAGAUGUUCAAUAAGCAUCUCCACACAGAGGAGGAUGAGUCUUUUGGUGAGGUGGUAACAGACAUACAAGGAAUGGACUCGGUGACGCGGGUAUCAAAGCUGAAAAAGCGUAUAUGUUUGGUUGAGAAGGAGAGCGGUUUACAGAGUAGCGAUUGCAAAUGGGUAGUAGCGUUGUGUGCAUCAUUGGAGACUCCUUUGGAUGCCGAUACUUGUGCUUGUCUAAGGGGUCUUCUGAGGAAGUGUGCUAGUGUUCGUGCAGAGACAUCAUUAGAGGUUGGAGAUGAAGAAGUUAUCACCAUGGCAAAUAUGCUCAUCACCAUCGCCGGCAGAUACUUUGGCCAAAUGGGACAGUAAUAAGUGAAGAAGAGAGUGGACAUGACAUGCCCUUACUUUUCUCUCAUAUGUGCUUUUGAAUCUUACAUGAGCUUUAAUGCCAUUUUUUGUAGUGUCCCCUUUGUUAUGUCAUCUGUGAUGUUCGGAAUCAUCGUAUUUGUGCGAAGUAAGCUCUUUUUUUUUGGGAUCUUGUUGAGGUUAUUGAGAUCUUCACAACUUCCGUGGAUCGGCUAGAUAGAGUCUUCUUAUCAUACCGAGUUCUAUCAUUGUCAUUGUUGAAGGAAAUUACAAGAACUACGUUGCUGUAGUGGUUUCAAUUUGUUACAAUUCAGUUUAAGUGCUCUUUGUUUCUUCUUCGUUUGGAUAUUGCACCAAAUAGUAGUCAGAUACUACGUUUGGAUGCAAUCUUUGAUAUUAUUGUUACAAAGAAAAAAAGAAUAAAGAAAAACAUGUAAUACAUAUGUAAUAUACUUCGAAACAUAUGUAAUUUUGCAGUUCCCAAA